GCGCACAGCGGCGAGAAAGCACGUGACACCAUGACGACCGACAGACUGUCGCACAGCGGGAUGAGGGUGACAGAAGUGGAAGAGUUCCUGAAAAACCCUCCGGCCGGUUUCUCCGUGGAGGUCCUCUGCUCGGGUUACCGGGUCCACAGCGACCCGGAGAGCAGCCUGGUGCUCAUCGAGGACUUUGACUCCUGCAGGGGGGAAAUAGUCUUCGCGCAGUCCCUGGGAAGGAAGGUUAAGAUGCAGAAUUUAUGGGAAUAUAGCUCCAUGAGGAAAAGUCUUGUGUCCAAGUGGAUCUAUCUGCACGCGACUGCCUGUGAAGAAAACCCCUCUGUGGCCAUGCAAAAGGAAGGCAACGAAGCCAGAGUGCUGAAGCAGUUCGUGGUGUGCAUAGACGGCAACAAUCCCUUCAUCAAGUGGCAGAUGGAGAGAGGCCUGGACUGGACCAUCUCCUCGGUUGCGGGGGAAAGUUACAGUGUGGAUAUUGACUUGACUGAACCACUGGAGAGCUGGGCAGCGAUAAACAGCCACACGCUAAAUGACAAACUGCUACAGGUCAAACCUGUGUGGAGAGAUGCCUCCUUCACCCUCAAAUAUCAUUCUGAUGCCCUCUUUGACUUCCCACACUGGUUUGGCUUCAGCAAAAGAAAAUUUAAUUUGAGACUGAAGUGAGCCAGCAGUGGAUGAAGAGCAAGAAAGUGGAAUUUGUUUCAUUUUUGGCUGGAGGCUGCGUCUUCUUCCUCAAGAAAGAUCAGCAGACGGAUUGUUUGUAACAGAGCAGCCCUCUUUGGAUUCUUGUGUUCAGUGGGUGGACACGACAGACGAGGACAUUCUGUAUGCCAUGAAUAUUGUUUAAGCACAUUCUGUGUACAAAAUAUAUCUUUGACAUCCGAUCUGCUGGAAAAUCUAUUGCACUGCUGUGUGAGGGUGCCGAAAGUGUGCCACUGCAGAAUGGCAGGCUCGUAGGUUUUUGUACAUAAGAAUCAGCAUUUGUUUAUGAGAAGCUUUAUUUUUAUCAAA